UGUAUAAAAAUGCACACCGUUUUAAAACGGCACGCAAUCUGUUGGGAAUAUUAGAAAAGUUAGCAGUCAAUUGGAGAACAUAUUUUCAAAAUUAAAAAAAAAAAAUGAAUUUUUCCCUAUUUCAAAUUCUGGUGGUGUUGUUUUUGAUAAUUGAAAAGAUUUCAUCGAUACCCCCCACACCGCCGGUGGAUGAGGAGGAACACACGAAUGGCCGUUUGCAACAUUACAUCAUGCGUUUCGACAUCAUUGCGAAAAGUUUCAAAGAGGAAUAUUUACCGGAGUUGGGAAAUUUGAAAUCCCUCUUUGAAGCCACCCUGGCCAAGGAUUCCAUGAAGGAUAAACUUCUGCUGCUCGAUACCUACAACGAUAAUUUGAGUAACGAUUUUGCGGAUUAUUUGCAAACAGAAUUGGACAAACAAUAUAUCACCGAGGACAUACUCAUCCACCGUUGGUAUGUCCAGGAGAUCCUGCCCCAGCUGAAUGACCAUCUGGCCAAGGAGGCUCAAAUUUUUUUGGAUAAAAUUCAGGAGGCCCACAAAAUUCCUGGGCUCGAUGAAAAAUUCGAACUGUACACCAAGGCGGCGGAGAGUAUUUCGGAGGAUUUAUGGGACUAUUUGAAUGAAAAUCCUGAACCACCACCGGUGUUGAAUGCCCAUUUGAAAUUCUUCCAGGAAUACAUUGGCUAUUUAUUGCAACAAUGUGUGGUGGCCACAUUCGAAAAUGAAUUGCGCAGCCUUUUGAAGGAGGUAGAGGCGGCCCUGGCCGGCAGCGAUAAUGCCGAGAAGUUAAGGGUUGUGGAUUUUUUCGAUGAAGUGUCGACGAAAUUCGGAAGUUUUCUCAAUGAAAAAGUUAUUGAAUUUGAAAUUUAUAAAUUUGGAGAGUGAAUAAAUUUUGAGUGGAUAAUUCGAACAAUAAACGUGGAUUUUUUAAAGAA